UAACGAGGACACCAAGAGGAAGCGCGAAGAAAAUGCAAAACUACGAGAGAUGGCUCGUAGAAAGGAGCUCGGUCUACCUAUGGACGAGGAAGAAAUGAGACGCUUUGAUGAAGAGCGGCGGUUUAUCGGCCCAUCUUUAUCCCUUGUACAAAGAGCCAACAGCUCGAGAGAAGGGGAUGGGGACGGGGUCGAGGCACUUGAGGAUGCGAAUGGUGUGGAUUCGGAUGACGAAUACGUAGGUGUCGUUCGAACUACGACGCGUGCCCCUCAAAUACGAUACAACCAAGACGAAAUCGUACUGGACGAAACGCAGUUACAAUACGAUCGUCAAGCAGAAGCCGACGCUGAACUUGCUUCUCGAGGGCCUGUAGAAGUGAUCAUCGAAACAGACCGUGAUAAAUUUACCAACUUUGCUUCGUUCCCCAGAAAGCCGAGGCCUGAUAGGUGGAGCAAGGAGGAAACCGAGACAUUCUAUCUCGGCCUACGAAUGUUUCAUACCGGCUUCGACUUGAUUGCUAGGCUCUUGCCAAACAGGACCCGCACAAUGGUACGAAACAAGUUUAGAGCCGAAGACAAGAAGAAUCCUCAAAAGAUCACACAUCUUCUCAGCAACAAGAUGCGGCUUCCAUAUGACCUCGAGUUGCUUUCACGGGAAACCGGGCAUGACUUCAGUGGCCCCAUUCCUCAAGUGGAGAUUGUGAAUCCCGUAGAGACGUCCAAGGAGGGAGAAGAAAGUGAUAAAGAAGAGACCAUGUCUGUCAAACUGCGUCAAUCAACCGCCCCACCCAGCGGGAUGGAUUCUGAUCGUGGUGAAGGUACUAGUAUUUCGACUAACCGUGGUAGACCAGUAUCAAAGGCAAAAGAAAAACGAAGACCAAGUAAAUCGUCUAAGCCGCGUUCGAGCUCUGGAGUCCGAAAUGAUCCUCAAGCGAUGGUCGUACAUAAUGCUAUAGAGAAACCAGAAGAAAGUACAUCCCGACCCCCUGCAAUAAUCCCCUCUUCCACUCGAAAGGCCCCCGUCAUUCGUUCCGUCACCUCCUCGAAUGGCGGAAGAUUGGUAAUGCCCCGAGCACGUGGAGAGGCACUUGUUGAAUCAGCCAUGUCCACCAAGACCUACGAGUGUCACUGGAAGGAUUGUAGGAGGGAGUAUACCGACCUGGACCAAUUCAAAGGACAUGUUAUGGCACACAUAGACAUUUUGGACCCGGUUCUUGUGAAGGAUAUACCGAGGUACCGGAAAGCUGGAGGGUACAGCACUGGGUCUUCUGAUGUUCAAUCCAGCUUUGGAUAUCUCAACUCGACGCAAAACUCGCAACCGCUACAAUUUGCGUCACCGCCGCAAUUUCGAGCUGGUCUAAACUCUGCAGCAAAUUUCACUGCGUUAGGACUC